CACUAAUCAGUCGCCAACUUCUCAUCAAAAGCUCGGCUCGACUUGACUCGAACUCGACAGAGACUUGAUCCGACCGUGUCCCUAUCGCCCAUCGCCCGUCGCUCAUGGUCACAACCUACACCAAACUCCAUCAUUGACUGCUAUCGCUCCCGGAUUCGAGAGACAUGAGCCAUCGUUCACAAUACGGCGACGGUGUCGCCAAUCCGUCUCGCCCGCCCUUUCCAAAGGGUCAUUCGCAGUCCUUUACUGCUGGCUCCAACCCCAACAGUGCGCCCAUGCCCAGCUAUUCCAACCAGCAGCAUCGUCGACAGUCACAGCCUGCUGCGCCUAGCAGGUCUUACACUCCACAGCCCGAGCCCACAUUCGACCUCAUGUCGUCCUCACAGCCCAUGUUCGGAGAUGUGACCUUCCAGAUGCCAAACAUGUCCUUCGAUCUGCACGCCUCCAUGUCGAUGUCCCACCCCGCCUCGCCCUACACCGCGUCGGCCCUGCCAGGUCCAACUUUUCCUGACAAUUCCUCUUUCGGCGCUUCAACUGAGCCAUAUUUGGCCAACGGCAUCUCCAACUACGGCCCUGAUGCCUUCACGACGAACACGACCGAUACCACAGAUUUUGCCGCCGUGAACGGCCCCGACACGUCGUUUUCGCGUUCCUCCCUGGCGCCCUCUGCUCCUAAGGUCAACAACUCACCCUUCACUGCCAAUGGCCCAAUAUUGGCGCCGCCACCCUCAAGUCGGCAGGGACCUACCACAGAUUCUAUGCACAAGAACCAGCCGCAGACACCAAGGAAGGUCGCCAGGGCCAGGUCGGUCGCUACUGCACAGAGCCAGCAGUCUCUGGUAGCUACCCCCACCGGCAUCAAGACGCCGCUGGCACAGCGUGAUGCGAAUACGCAUGCCGGCAAACGGGCCCUGCCAGAGUCCCCGACCCUUGAGCAUACCUCACCUCGGAAAGCAGCAAGAAGAUCCAAGACAGACGAGCCUGGCAGACACCGUGACCUGAUCCCGAUCCCCGCCGCAGAGUCCUUCCCUCCCAUUGAUCCUGGCGAGGACAACGCCAAGCCACCCUAUACCUAUGCGCAGAUGAUUGCACUGGCGAUCUGGAAGGCCCCAUACCGCCGUCGAACUCUGGCACAGAUCUACGAUUUUAUCAGAACGACUUGGAGCUACUACCAGAGAGACGAUACCUGGGAGAACAGCAUUCGCCACAACUUGAGUCUUCACAAGAAGUUCUUCGAGAAGCAGGCCCGGGCCAAGGAUGACCCUGGCAAGGGCAACUAUUGGCUGAUCAUCCCCGGGAACGAGCGUGAGCUGCUUGAAGUCUAUCUGAAGGAGAGGCCAGGCCCUGAUGGUACGAUGUCGGGCAAGACCAUGGGCCUGCUCUCCACUGCCCGCCUGGAGCCAUCCGCCUUGCCGCUUCCCCCCUUUCCAGAGCCUAUGCUGCCGCCGCAGGUUCCCGACUUUUCGCUCCAGUUCCCACAGGCGCCAAAGCCGCAAUCUGCGGCGGCACCUCUACAGCCCGAGCCCUCCUCAGAUGCUACGAUCCCUGCGUCAGAGGCCUUUGAGGAAUCCGACCUAGCUCACGACCCGCUGAACAAUCUUCUCGAUGCUGCCCUGACGUCUUCACCGCCUGCUAUCUCCAGGCGUGCAUCUGCACCCAACCACACGCCGACACGCACAGUCAGAUAUGGGGGCUCAUCCGGUCGCACAUCGGGCAAGCGCAAGCGCUACUCGAUGGUUGAUAGCGGCUACAUGACCGGUCUCGAAUCCUCAAUUCUGCGCUACGGACCGCAGAGGGCGCCCGUGUUUUCUUCUGACGCAGAUACCGAGUUCCAGGGCGGUGGCCGCGCUGAGGACGCUAUCAGGAAGAUGCGUGCAUCCUCCAAUGACAGCCCAUCCAAGGGCAGAACUCUGAUGCUACCCCCUUCGUCACCGCUCGGCAAGGGCUCACCUCUGCGAUACCGAGCCUCACCGUCCAAGCUCGCUGCUCCAGCGAAGACGCCAGCAAACACCAAGAGACAGCUUGCAGGGACGCCUAACCUUCUGCCUCCAAAGACAACGUCCAAAUAUAAUAACUCUCCCAUCCGGCAACAUGACAAGCUCAGGGCCAACGUGCGGUCCAUGCUCGAGACACCUCAGUGUAUUCGUGACUACAACAAGAAGUAUCCGGGUCGCCGGCUGAACCGUGGAGGGGAUUUCGAUACUUUCGCGAUUUUCGAAGACAGCACCUCCGGCCCAGAGCUCGAGUCGCCUCUCCCUGCCAACUCCGCCGGCAGGAUGUUGGAUGAGCUCAUGAGUGCGAAGAAGAACCAGAAGACGACGCCCUUCAUCGCGUCGUCUCCUUUCAAGACCUUCCCGCUCUUUCCCCCGGGCGACGAAAACGCUCCCUGGACGUAUGACUCGCCGAGCAAAAUCGUCUCGCCAGGCCGAUUCUUAUCAUCACCCAGCAAGUUCCUGCCAAGUGCCAGCAAACUCCGUCCGCAGGAGUCAGACAACUGGAUCGUCUCCGAAGCGAUGGACAACCUGGAUGAUGAAAUCGACCUGAGCAACCUUGACAGCUUUGGUGAUUCAGCCUCCCUAGAUCUUACCCAAACAUUCCGGAGCAUCGGCGAGCGGCCAGUUGGCGUUGAGGCAUACGGCCCUUCAACUCUGCAUCAAUACGGAUAG